AUGCGGGGAAUCACGCUCCCGGGCUUUAGUGCUCACUACCUCCCCGCUCUGCCCACAUGGCAGGUGCUGAUCAAUGAGAUCCUGGCAAGCAACACUGCCGGCCUGAAGGACUCCUCUGGCAAGGCCUCUGAUUGGCUGGAGCUGCGUAACACCGGGUCUUCCACCGAGGAUCUCGGGGGGUAUGUCUUGAGCGACGGCGAGAACAGCUGGACCAUCCCGAGCGGGGUUUCCAUUCCGGCGGGGGGCUACCAGCUCAUAUUUGCGAGUGGAAAGGGCUCAAAGUCUGGUGACGCAGAGGUGCAUGCCAGCUUCAAGAUCGGGGCCCAGGACGCUGCGCUUUCCUUGUCGGACGCCAGCGGCAACGUGGUGUCGGCGGUGCCCUACCCCACCACGCCCACCGACGUCAGCUUCGGGGUGGUCGGGUCUGGUCAGACAGUGCAGGCCUCCUCCGGGGCUGCAGCGGCCCAGUACGCCAUCUUGGCCAGCCCCACCCCCGGGGCGACCAACUCUGCAGCACGCACCGGAUCGCCCAGUGCCGCGGGGACGACUCGGGAUCCAAGCCCCCGCCCCGACGGCUCCAGCGCCAUCGCCAUCCAGACCAGCGCCUUCCCCAGCCAGUCGCCCAUCGCGGGGGUGGACCUGGUGUACACCAUCAACUAUGGCAAGGAGGUGGUGGUGCCCAUGAGGGCCCAGUCCCCAGGGUCAAGUGUUUACGCCGGCAGCAUCCCCGCAUCGGCCGCCGCGGCCGGCACGCUGGUCAGGUGGCACGUCGUGGUCAGGGAUGAGGCCGGGAACGAGGGGCGGGAUCCGGCCCCGCCCGAAACCACUGACCCACAGAACUUUGGGACCAUCGUGGCGGACACGUCGGACUCCACCUCCCUCCCCAUCUUUGAGCUCUUCUGUGCGGAUGCCAACGCGCCCUGGAGCACCGGGCCCGAGAGCGGGGGCCAGGCCCUCACGGGCGGCAAGGGCUACGUCGAUGGCUGCUCCCUCUGGUUCAACGGGACCUACUACGACAAUGUCUCGCUCAGGCGCAAGGGAUCCACGUCCCUGGCUUGGCCCAAACCCAAGAUGAGGGUGUCGGCGGGAAACCAAGGAAAGGUCUUUGCCACCUCAGCGGGCUACAAGGUGAAGAGCUUCUCCCUCAGCGCAAACUGGGCGGAGCCAGGGGAGAACACCUUUACGCGGGAGCCGUUGGUCUGGAAGACGUUCCAGGAGAUGGGAGUGGACUACCUGGAGUCGUACCAGUCCCAUGUCCGCUUCAACGGCGCCUACUUUGGCCGCUUCAUCUACGUGGAGGACUGGACUCCCGAGUCGCUGAAGCGCAACGGCUACGACACCAGUGACAUUGGCUCCCUAUUCAAAUCAGAAAGUGGGGAGUACAGCAACCUGCGCUGGGACCUGCCCAAGGACCAGGUGCCCUUCUACUGGGGCCAGGAUGAGCCCAAGGCGGACGAGUCGGCUCUCCUCCUCGAGCUGACGCGGGGCCUGGCCGGGGCGGGGUCCAAGGAGAGGGAGAACUACCUCUUUGAUGGCCUGAACCUCCCAAAGGUCAUCAACUACAUGGCCGCCCAGACCCUGAUCCUGAACCAGGAUCGCUGCACCAAAAACUACUUUGUGUACCGCGACCGACCCAGCGGCCAGUGGUCCAUGCUGCCCUGGGACGUGGAGUCGGGGUUCGGCAUCGACCGCGGCCUGGGCGGCGUCCCCGCUCCCGACUACUGCAUCCUGGCCUGCGACCAGUGGAACUCGCCGCUCUACUGCGACCGCAACCACGUGCAGGACCUCACCGUGUCCACGCCCUGGACACUCAUCCUCUCCAACUACAGCCUGGGCACCAGCUCCGGGGUGAGCACUGCCGGCAGGCGCCUGCUCCGCUCCGACGUUGUCGACAGGCAGCUGCUGCAGGCGGCGGCUGCCUCUGGCGGCGCGCUGGCCGAGAUCGCUCCCAAUGGCGCUGCGGAGGUGGGGCUCAAGCUGCCGCUCAACUCCACUGUGCCGGCCAACGCCCAGGACGACCAGACCCUCCUGGGCACCCCGCCCACGGGCGCAAACGGGACGUACAACUACAUGCUGGACGCCGUGCUUUCCUUCCCACGUACGCGGAGCAUGUACAUGCGCCGCCUGCGCUCGCUCAUGGACGAGUUCACCAACGGCAGGCUGGAGGGGCUGGUGACCAGCUUCUACGAGCAGGUCAAGGAGGAGGCCACCAGGGACAACGCCAAGUGGGGCAACCCAGGGACCCCGCUGCGCGGAUACCAGUCGCUCACGACGGAGCAGCUCCCCAUUCGCAAGCAACAGCUUUACAACACUUUCGGUGUGGACGGCCCCAUUCCCCUCAUCCCAGAUGCUCAGCCUUCCAGCUACCGCCUGAACCUGGGCUCUGUGAGUGGCGACGCCGGCGGGUACGUGGAGCUGGUCAACCCUAACGACUUUGCCAUCGACCUUUCCGACGCCAAGCUCAGCGGGGCGGCGGAGUUCACUUUUGCUAAAGGCACCACCGUCGCGGCAGGGGACUCGGUGCAUGUGGCAGCCGACGUCGGAGCUUUUGUCAAGGCCAAGGGCGGCGCGGGCCUGUAUGUGGUGGGCCCCUUCUCGGGGUCCAUCCAGGGACCGGCCGCAAGCGUGAGCGUGCAGAGCGCGGGAGGGGACUCCCUGGUAGGCUGA